CUGGGGACCUCUGUCCUGUGAAGACCCGUCGUCACAGCCUGAUCUGCGGCUACGUACUCCGCUCAGUCACCAGUCUUCCGGCCAGGACCUUCUGGUCACGUGCAGCUCAUCCCGGAGUCUGGUUGGCUCCGACUCCUACUUGCCUGGCUCUGCGGGCGGCAGUUUGCAGAGAAAUGAACUGCCGCUGCCGGACCGCGACCGUGCAAAACUCUCGGCCGGUAGCCAAACGUGCGACACUCCGCCACCUCUUCCACCCAGGACUGAUCGUGAUCGUUCCCUUAGGCAGCAGGCGCCGCCACUUCCAGCACACGGCACAGCUCAACACCACCAUCCGGACAGACCGCCGGGCUCUUUCCAGAAUCCGCAACAGCAGCAGCCACCCGGCAGCAUUGCUGGCAGAGGCACUCAAGGGCCGCCACCGCCACCGAAUGCCGCCGCACGCGGAGGUCCGCACGAUGGACCGCCGCCGCCGCACGGAGGUCCGGCUAUACCUGCACAAGGCCCUCACCCGCACCCGCCGCCCGACCAUCACCAUGGCCAUCCGCCAAUGCGAGACAGGCCACCGCCGCAGCACGGCACUGACUGGCAUCAUAUGUAUGAGAACCACAACUUGCCGGGUCCACCUCCACCGCAACGGCACGGACCGCCUGAUCGACAUGGUCCACCAGAAAGACAUGGUCCUCCGGAAAGACAUGGUCCUCCGGAGCGACAUGGUCCUCCGGAAAGACAUGGUCCUCCGGAAAGACAUGGUCCACCAGAAAGACAUGGUCCACCAGAAAGACAUGGUCCUCCAGAUAGACACGUUCCUCCAGAUAGACACGGUCCUCCAGAAAGACAUGGUCCGCCGGAGCGACACGGUCCACCAGAAAGACAUGGACCACACGAGCGGGACGAGCGUGCCCCUCCACCGCCAACGUAUCCUGCGCCAAGGCCCCCCUGGAACGAUGGCCCUCCCCAUCACGGGCCGUUUCGCCCGCGUGGACAGCACCCUGGUACCUCGGGAGGCCCUCACCCAGGCCCGCCUGGCAGGUGGAAUCACGACCAGCACCAGUGGAGUCACCCACCACCGCCGCCGCGUGGUCCCCAUCAGGAGCACCGUCCGCCACCGCCGGGCCAUCAGCCUCACUACCCGGAGAUGUACGGACCACCACCACCUGGACAUCCACCGCCGCCCGCGCAUCACGCACCUCCUCCACAAGCGCCGCCGCCAGGGCAGCAGCAGCCGCGCCACAACGCGCACCCCGGUGGUUAUGGCCCGCAUCCCGACGAUCCGCGCUACGCGUCCUGGGAGAGGCAUCACCAUCGUGGUGACCGUGAGUACGUGCCAGAGCACUACUACCAACAUCACCAUCACCCUCCUGCAGGUGGACCCCCGCCACCGCCGCAACCGCCUAUCCACAACCAUGGGCCCAAUGGCCCUGGUUCCGGGCCGCACCACCCCAACUACGGGGCACCCCCGGUUCCACCCCGCAGCGGACCAGGUGGCAUGGGACCGCCUCCACCAGGCAACGAGGAGCAGUGGAAUGAAGAGCAAGCAAGGCAGCAGUGGAGACGUGAUGUUGCACAUUAUGGCCCGGCCCAUGCUUAUCAUGGCUCCGGCUCGGCCUCAAUGUAAAGAAAAUGGUUGCAGGUUGGGAGAGUGCGUACGGAGCGCAGCUUGUCCCAUGUACAAACCUAUUUGUGUGGAUGUUAGCACAGAUGGUGUUGUAGUAGUAGCAGUAGUAAUGUGUUUUUUCAUUAGCUGUUAUCGCUGCUGCUGCUGCUGCUGCUGCUGUAGUAGUAGUAGUAGUUGUUGUUGUUGUUGUUGUUGUUGUUGUUGUUGUGGUUAUUGCUGCUGCUGUUGUUGUUGUUGUUGUUGUUGCUGCUGCUGUAGCCCAGUAGCUGCUGUUGCUGGCCGUUGCUGUAUUAGUAGCAGUUGUAGUCGUGGGUGUUGUUCUUGAUCUGGAUGUGGUCGUCAUCGACGUCAACUUUUGAGUGAGUAUGUGUGCACGGGUGUGUGUGUGUGUGUGUGUGCAUCUGCCCUUGAUGCAAGUUACUCCGGCAUGUGUCAAGCCAGCAAGGUGCUGUAAUCAGUAACCGCGGAGGCCAUAGGACAGUGUUACGUAUAUGUAAUGGUAGCGGUGCUAAUGUAUCAGUGUUCAAGGUGUGCAUUGGACCAAUCAUUUGGACAGGUGCGUGUCUGUGUUCCUUGUGAGACCUCUUUUUAUUUUAUAGUUUAUGCACCGGCAGAAUGCACUGGUUAUACCAUUUCAAUGAUUGAGUUAGCCUCUCGUCUUGCAGUUCUUAGUUAUAUGGCGGCGGGGGUGGUAGAGUUAGAAUUGAUAGACACCGCGUCACUUUUCUCUGUCCUAUAGGCUAUAGGCGCACGGCCACUGCCCACAUGUUUCACGGUUUGCAUCAAGGAACUUCGUACCCGAACAAGGUUAAGGUGUGUUUGUGCGACUCUCUAAUUACUCGCUCGGCCUGUUUGAGCAGUUUGUACUUCCGGUGGGCUAGGAUUGCUGACAAAAUUUGCUUUUUAGACUGCGUUCAGUACUAUUUGCUGCUGCUUUUCCCCCUUCCACUAAAAAACUUUAGUUAUUAAUUGAGGCUCAUUAUAACGAGUUAUGGACGUUGUGAAGUCCUGCAUGCUCGAUACAUAAAUUCUAAACGUGUUUCCUGCCUUUUCUGCCUUCGUGUUGGGUGAUAUUUUUCGCAAUAAAAAAACUCUAAAAGCUAUCAAUUUCCAUAAAAUCUACUGCAUGGUGGCAGGAUUUAUCAGUUUCCCUGCCAGGAUCAGUCUAGUUCUCAAUGCAUUUGUAAGUCAUAUUUUUCCUGAAAAGUCUGUAAGAAUAGAGUCUAAGUUGCACCCGCAUCACUUUUGUGAUCUUAUUACGCUAGCAUUUUUCAUAAGCUGCAUAGGCAAGGUUUCAAGUGUUUUUUUUUUAAGUCGCGAAUUUUCAUCUUGUCGCUUCCAGGCUACCCGAUUGCCUGUUUGCAAUUGCUGCUUUUCUUUUCGGCUUGUGUGUACAGCAAAAUCAA